AUGGUGACCAUGGACGUGUGGCUGAAGCUCCUGGCCGUGGGCUGUGUCCUGCUGGACGCGGGGGUGCUCGGGCUAGGAAAUGAAACCAAUGCUCCUACGAUCGGACAGACCCCGACGGGGAUGCCCACCGCUCCGCCCGCUCCUGCCCGCCCACCCGCCCGCACCACGCAACUCUCACCCGCAAGCACCUCCGAGCCCGAGAGCCGCGGCCCCUCAGCGGCUGCGCCAGCGCCUGGCACCACCGGGGUCCCCCCCACAGAGACACCCCCCAGCCCCCCGGAGAAUGCCAGCCAGACGGACGUGGCAGGUGCCCCGACGGCGGCCACGGCCGCCCCCUCUCCCGCAGGCGCCCCCAGCCCCACACUCAGCAGCCCGGCGGCUGCCUCACCCGCACGCACCCCUGAGGGCACCCACAACUCCUCAGGUUUGGUCCCCACGACUCACACCUCAGCACCCACUCAGAGCCUCACGGCAAUCCCCACCAGCACAGCUCCGACUACAACUCAGCAGCCAUGUGGCCCCAAGAAUUUCAAGUUAAAGGAGUGUGUACAGAAUGAAAUGGCCGACAGUUCCAUUUGUUUACGUUGGACAGUGGAAACGGAAACGCAGGGCUGUGACAAAGACAGAAUCCAGUACUGGCACCGGUGUGCUCCAGACCCGCCUUCAAAUGUUAUCUGUCAUUCUGAAGGCGCAGAAAAGGGAAUGGCCACCUGGGACCCUCCGCCAAGUGUUUUCCAUAAUUUUACUCUUUGUUACUAUCCCCUGGAUUCAGAUUCCAAAAACUACUGCUACAAUCUGAGUGUAGAUGCGAGGACAGGUCCUUUGACCCAUCUGACCCCUUUUACGGAAUAUAACGUGUCAGUACGCGCCUUUGUCAUUGGAAAAACCCUACGAUGUGGAGAGGCUGAGAGCUGCACAUUUCGGACAAAAGCAACAGCCGCCAGCGAGGUCCAGAAACUCACGGUGGUGCCCAAGUCCGACAACAGCAUGCUGGUGACCUGCCUCCCACCCCAGCACUUCAACGGCCCCCGAGACGGUGACUACAGGCUGGAGGUCAGGACGGGGGCCGCCCUGGUGAGGGAGGAGUCCCAGAAGAAGUGCCACUUCCUGGUGGCGGACCUCCACUACUCCACCGAGUACACCUUCGAGGUCUACUACGACAAUGGGGCCCAUCAUGGAAUUCGAGAUAGAGCUUCUAAAUCAACAUCCUAUAAUUCCAAAGCCCUGAUCUCGUUCCUGGUCUUUCUCAUCAUCGUGACGUCCAUCGCCCUGAUGGUCGUGCUCUAUAAAAUCUACGUCCUGCACAAGAGCAGGUCCAGCAAUUUGGAUGAAGAGCAGGAGCUGGUGGCCAGGGAUGACGAGAAGCAGCUGAUGAACGUGGAGCCCAUCCACGCGGACGCCCUGCUGGAGACGUACAAGAGGAAGAUCGCGGACGAAGGCCGGCUCUUCCUGGCCGAGUUCCAGAGCAUUCCCCGCGUCUUCAGCAAGCUCACCAUCAAGGAGGCGCGCAAGUCCUUCAACCAGAACAAGAACCGCUACGUGGACAUCCUGCCCUAUGACGACAACCGCGUGGUGCUGUCCGAGGUCAACGGGGACGCGUCGUCCAACUACAUCAACGCCAGCUACAUCGACGGUUACAAGGAGCCCAGGAAGUACAUCGCCGCACAAGGUCCCAGGGAAGAGACCGUGGACGACUUCUGGAGGAUGAUCUGGGAGCAGAAGGCCACGGUCAUUGUCAUGGUCACUCGAUGCGAAGAAGGGAACAGGAACAAGUGUGCCCAGUACUGGCCGUCGGGGGUGGACAGCGCCCGGGAGUACGGGGACGUCCUCGUGAGGGUCACCGACCACAAGACCUGCCCGGACUAUGUCAUCCAGAAGUUCAGCAUCACCCACAAACGGGAGAAGAUCGCGGGGCGGGAGGUCACCCACAUCCAGUUCACUAGCUGGCCGGACCAUGGGGUCCCCGAGGACCCCCACCUGCUCCUCAAGCUGCGCAGGAGGGUCAACGCCUUCAGCAACUUCUUCAGCGGCCCCAUCCUGGUGCACUGCAGCGCCGGCGUCGGACGCACCGGCACCUACAUCGGCAUCGACGCCAUGCUGGAGGGGCUGGAGGCAGAGAACAGGGUGGACGUGUACGGCUACGUAGUCAAGCUUCGGCGGCAGCGGUGCCUGAUGGUCCAGGUGGAGGCGCAGUACAUCCUGAUCCACCAGGCCCUGGUGGAGUACAACCAGUUCGGGGAGACGGAGGUGAGCCUGUCCGAGCUCCACCCGUACCUGGCCAACAUGAAGAAGAGGGACCCGCCCAGCGAGCCGUCCCCGCUGGAGGCCGAGUUCCAGAGACUCCCCUCGUACCGGAGCUGGCGGACACAGCACACGGGGAGCCGCGAGGAGAACCAGAGCAAGAACAGGGCGUCCUCCGUCAUCCCGUAUGACUUCAACCGUGUGCAGCUGCGGCACGAGCUGGACGUGAGCAAGGAGAGUGAGCACGAGUCGGACGAGUCCUCGGACGAGGACAGCGAGGCCGAGGACACGGGCAGAUACAUCAACGCCUCCUUCGUCACGAGUUACUGGAAGCCUGAGGUGAUGAUCGCGGCCCAAGGACCCCUGAAGGAGACGGUCGGGGACUUCUGGCAGAUGGUCUUCCAGAGGAAGGUCAAGGUCAUCGUCAUGCUGACUGAGCUGAGGAGCGGAGACCAGGAGGCCUGCGCUCAGUACUGGGGGGAGGGGAAGCAGACCUUCGGAGAGAUCGAAGUUCACACGAAAGAAACCAUCCCAUCCGCAGGCUACACCCUCCGUGUGUUCGAGCUGAGACAUUCCAAGAGGAAAGAGCCCCGCACGGUGCACCAGUUCCAGUUCGGCGGCUGGGACGCGGACGGGCUGCCCACGGCGCCCGGGGAGCUGGUCGCCAUGAUCCGGGACCUCAAGGAGCAGCUGCCCCCAAGGAAGGCCGGCGAGGGGAGCAGGCACCAUAAGAGUGUGCCCGUCCUGGUGCACUGCAGAGAUGGCGCGCAGCAGACGGGGCUGUUCUGCGCUCUGUUUAACCUGCUGGAGAGCGCGGAGACCGAGGGCGUGGUCGACGUGUUCCAAGCGGUGAAGUCUCUGCGCAAGGCCCGGCCCGGGAUGGUCUCCACGUUCGAGCAGUACCAGUUUCUGUACGACGCCAUUGCCAGCACCUACCCGGCCCCGAACGGGCAGGUGAAGAAGAAUCCCAGCCAGGAGCCCCCCGUCGCCCCGGAUGGCGAGGCAGACAAGCCCACGCCCGAGGCCAACUGUGUGAGUCCGGCCAGCGGCGGUGGCCCCUCAACGGCCCCCGCGGAGACCAACGAGGACCAGGACGGCCCCACGCCCGGCAGCAGCCCCGAGGGGGCGGACCGCGCGGCCAACGGCCCCCAGAGCCCGCCGCUGACCACCAGCGCGUAG